AUGGAGGGGCAGCCUACGGUACUGAUGUGUCAAGUCAGCGAUCCGAGUCAAGAGAUCGUGUGGUUGAAAGAUAGAAGGCCACUCAAAGAGACGGCUCGGUUGCAGUUGGAGAACACGGGGGAUGGUUGGAGCCGAGUGGUAUUCUCGCAUACGCGGAUGUCCGAUCAGGGAACAUACUUUGCGUAUCUCGGUGAACAGAGCGUCGCUAUCACACUCGUAGUUGAAGAACGUAUCGACGAAAAAGAGGUAACAGUGGUCGCAUCGGGCACUGAGAGUGAGGACGAGGACGUGCAGGAGUAUCUGAUGCCACCGGGCAGUACAGCCACGAUCGCCUGUGAACUGGAGGACGGUGACCACGUGCCCAGCCUUGUAUGGCUGAAAAAUGGCCAUGAAAUCACUUUCACAAAUCCGAAUAAAAUGGAGCACGUAGUGAACGGCCUCAAGCACUAUCUAGUCAUUCACGACACUUCUCCUAAAGACACUGGGCUCUAUAGUGUGUCGAUAUCGAACACAGAGUUUCGAGUGGCACAUUUGGCUGUUAAUGACCUGGCCACAGUAUCUCAGAACCUCCGUAGAAAACGUAUCUCGAAUAGUUCAUUGCACUAA